AUGCCCAACAUCGACAGGGAAGACACGCCGCAGAAAGAGGCCGGGCCCAAGCCCCUCCAGGCCGGCGUCUACCGCAACCAGAUCCCCUUCUGGCGACUGCUCACCGACCAAGGAGCCAUCACGCAGGAAGUGCUCGAAUUCGAGUUCCCCGGCAGCGGAACCGAAGACGACCCGUACGCGGUCUCAUGGAUCCCUCACGACAGCCGCAACCCGCUGCUCUUCAGCCUGGGCAAGAAGCUAAGCAUCACGCUGAUCGUGGCCUUCUCCACCCUCACCGUGGCCCUCACCUCGUCCACGUACAGCGGCAGCAUCAGCGAAAUCACCGCCCACUUCGGCGUCAGCGCAGAGGUCGCGACCAUCGGCCUGUCGCUGUUCGUGCUCGGCUUCGCCGUGGGCCCGCUGCUCUGGGCCCCCGUCAGCGAGGUCUUCGGCCGCCAGAUCCCCUUCUUCUUCAGCUUCAUGGGCAUGGCCGCCUUCUCCGCUGGCUGUGCCGGUGCCCCCAACAUCUGGUCCCUGUGCAUCCUGCGCUUCUUCGCGGGCGCCUUUGGCGCCGCCCCCUUCACUAACGCCGGCGGCACCAUCUCUGAUAUGUUCACGGCCAGACAGCGCGGCCUGGCACUCAGUCUGUACGCCGCGGCGCCGUUCCUGGGACCGGCCCUGGGCCCCAUCAUCGGCGGGUUCAUGGGCAUGCGCGCGGGCUGGCGCUGGGUCGAGGGGUUCCUGGCUGCGCUGGCCGGGUUCGUCUGGCUGCUCAUGACCGUCUCCAUCCCCGAGACGUAUGCGCCGCGGUUGCUGCGGCAGCGCGCGGAGCGCCUCUCGCAGCUGACGGGUCGUGUAUACCGCAGCAAGGUCGAGCUAGACAAGGGCAAGGUGUCGCUGGAUCGACUGCUCAAGACCUCAAUGUUGCGACCGUGGGUACUUCUCUUCCGCGAACCGAUCGUGCUGCUCUUCGCGCUGUACAUCGCCAUCGUGUACGGGACGCUGUACAUGUUCUUCUCAGCGUUCCCGAUCGUGUUCGAGGACGUGCGCGGGUGGAAUCCGGGCGUGGGCGGCCUGGCGUUCCUGGGGAUCAUGGUGGGGAUGAUCAUCGGGGUGGGAUGCACCAUCCCCGCCAACUUCCACUAUAUCCGGGUGCAGGAGCGAUGCGGGGGGUUCGCGCCUCCAGAGACUCGGCUCAUCCAGUGCAUGCCAGGAGCGCUGGCCAUCCCCAUCAGCCAGUUCUGGUUCGCGUGGACCGAUUCGCCGUCCAUCCAUUGGAGCGUCAGUAUCAUUGCCACGGCGCCGUUCGGGUUCGGUGUUAUUCUGAUCUAUCUCGGUGUGAUGAAUUACCUGAUCGAUUCGUAUACGAUCUAUGCGGCGUCUGUGCUGGCCGCGAAUACCGUCCUGCGGUCGGUUUUUGGGGCCAUCUUCCCCAUCAUCGCGACGUAUAUGUAUAGUGGCGUGGGGAUUCAUUGGGCGCCGUCCAUCCCGGCCUUCUUGUCGCUGCUGUGCAUGCCUGCGCCGUUCUUGUUCUAUAAGUAUGGCGCGGCGAUUCGCACCCGCUGCAAGUAUGCCGCGGAGUCGGAUCGGUAUAUGCAGAAGCUGCAGGAGAAUGCCACGAGGAGGUCCGAGGUUGUUGAGAAGGCGCGUCCGGUCAAGGACGAGCCGAUGGUGCCGGCGGAUGGGGAGCCGGGUAUCAUCCAAGCCAUGCCCAUCCCCUAA